AUGGAUCCAAAAGAUUUCGAGGUUGCUUCUCCACCUAGCGAUGGCAUUUCCGCCAUGGACUUUUCCUCACAAGCUGAUUACCUUGCUGUCUCCUCAUGGGACAACCAAGUGCGGAUAUACGAAGUACAGCCCAAUGGUAGUACCAUCCCCAAAGCAUCUUAUUCUCAUGAAGGUCCAGCAUUAUGUGUCUCUUGGAGCAAGGACGGCAACAAGAUCGCAUCGGGUGGUGCUGAUAAAGCAGCUCGCAUGUUUGAUGUCACCACGGGUCAACCAGUCCAAGUUGCGCAGCACAACGAGCCUAUCAAGUGUGUGAAAUUCCUCGAUCAACCGCAGCCUAUUCUCGCCACCGGCAGCUGGGACAAGACAAUCAAAUACUGGGAUCUACGUUCACCACAGCCUAUUGGUACCGUUCAAUUGCCGGAUCGAUGCUAUACCAUGGAUACAGUGGGUCAACUCAUGGUGGUUGGUUGUGCAGAAAAGAGCGUGUGCAUCUUUGAUCUCAAUAACCCCACUACAAUCUUCAAGCAAGCAACAUCCCCUUUGAAAUGGCAAACGCGUGUAGUCUCAUGCUUCCCGGAUCAAAAGGGCUAUGCUAUUGGUUCGAUCGAAGGUCGUGUUGGUAUUCAAUAUGUCGAGGAUAAGGAUCAAUCUAAAAACUUCUCGUUCAAGUGCCAUCGUGAUGAAUCCAAAAACGUCUUUUCAGUCAACGCAAUCAGCUUCCACCCAAUGUAUGGCACAUUCUCAACAGCGGGCUCGGAUGGUACUGUUAGUUUCUGGGAUAAGGAUUCAAAGCAACGCUUAAAGCCCUUUUCGAACGUCAAUGGCACCAUUCCAUGUACUACUUUCAAUCGCAACGGAACAAUCUUUGCUUAUGCUAUCAGCUACGACUGGUCCAAGGGAUACAAAUUUGCUCUUCCCACCAAUACCAACAAGAUCUUCCUUCAUGCCGUUCGUGAUGAUGAUGUCAAGCCACGUGUCACCAGAAAGCGAUAA